GGGGCUGACUCUCCGGCGAAGUGAAUUGGGGCUACAACAACCGGCAGGGGUGUAAACUUACCCCGGGUGGACCCAUGGAGCAGUGUGGGAACGCGCUGUCCGUAGGUGGGGAGCAGAGAACCGGACGCGCCUCGGCCACAUCCACAUCCCGCACUGCCUCGGCUGCUGCCGCCGCUGCCGCCGCCGCCGCCGGUGGUGCGCUCAGGAGAGGGCAGAUUUAAAACCCCACCACGGCACCGGGCUCGGCUUCAAAAAGAAGAAGAAGAAGCAGAAGAAGGAGAAGGAGAAGAAAAAAAAAAACCCCAUCUGCGGGGUGGAAGGGAAAUAAUAAGAAGAAGCGCGUCGGUGUGUCCCUGCGCUGUCAGGAGGAUGUGACCGAUCACUCAUCUGCUGCCUGGAGAGAAAUAAACCUGUGAAUCCGGAUUUAUUUUUUUUAAUUUUUGAUAUCCCCCCCCAGUACACACAGACACACCGCUGGAGAUCAUCUGAGCCGCUUGUUAUAAUAAGGCUGGCAGGCCCGGGGUGGGACAGACAACAUGGCUGAACCACGGCGGGAGAGCACCAGCAGCCUGCAGAGGAAGAAACCUCCAUGGCUCCGACUGGACAUUCCCACGGCUCAGAUGUCACUGGACGAGCCUCCCACUUUUGUUCAGCCGAUGAAGAGGCAGGGGUUCCUGCGCAGCAUCAGCAUGCCAGUGGAGACGUCCCACCUCCAGUCCCCACCCCGCGACCUCUUCGACACCCGGCGGCCUGUCUUGCAACGCCAGUCAUCCAUCACUCAGACCAUAAAGAGCAGCAGAAGGGUGCACUUUGAGCGGAUUAACACGGUGCCUAUUAAGGGCCAGCGAGCGGCUCGCCGCAGCACCAGGAAGCACCACUCGCUCUCCAGGACCCUGCUCAGGGGAACGGCGGACUGGUUUGGCGUCAGCAAGGACGGCGACGCCACCCAGAAAUGGCAGAGGAAAAGCCUGCGCCAUUGCAGCCUGCGCUACGGGAAGCUGAAGCCGCAGGUGAUCCGGGAGAUGGACCUGCCGAGCCAGGACAACAUCUCCUUGACCAGCACCGAGACCCCGCCUCCUCUCUACGUCCCCUCGUCACAGCAUGGCAUGCAAAAGAUUGUGGACCCGUUGGCGCGGGGGCGAGCCUUCCGUAUGGUGGAGGAGGUGGACGGCUACAGCGUGCCUCACACCCCCAUCACCCCCGGAGCCGCCUCCCUCUGCUCCUUCACCAGCUCCCGCUCAGGUCUCAACCGACUGCCUCGCCGGCGUAAGAGGGAGUCCGUGGCAAAGAUGAGCUUCCGGGCUGCAGCGGCUCUGGUCAAGGGGCGCUCGUUACGGGAGAGCACUCUGCGGCGGGCCCAAAGACGAAGCUUUACCCCUGCCAGCUUCAUGGAGGAAGACGUGGUGGACUUUGCCGAUGAACUGGACACGUCCUUCUUCGCCAGAGAUAUCCUCAUGCAGGAGGAGCUGUCCACGUACGCAGACGAGGUGUUCGAGUCGCCGUCUGAGGCGGCCAUGAAAGAGGCGGAGCCCAGCGGCACGAAGGAUGAAAUGGAGCUGACAGGCAGUGCCCUAGAUAAGACGGAGCUGGAGAGAAGUCACCUCAUGCUACCUCUGGAGCGAGGGUGGCGCAAAGCCAAAGAAGGAACCCCAGGACCGCCGAAGGUGCCCUUGCGACAGGAAGUGGUGAGCGUCAACGGCCAGCGGCGCGGCCAGCGCAUCGUUGUACCCGUCAAGAAGCUUUUUGCCCGAGAGAAGAGGCCGUACGGGCUGGGCAUGGUGGGGAAGCUCACCAACCGCACCUACCGCAAGCGCAUCGACAGCUACGUCAAGCGGCAGAUAGAGGACAUGGACGACCACAGGCCUUUUUUUACGUACUGGAUCACCGUUGUCCACUUGCUCAUCACUAUCUUGGCUGUAUGCAUCUACGGUAUCGCACCGGUGGGCUUCUCCCAGCACGAGACGGUUGAUUCUGUUUUAAGAAACAAAGGCGUGUAUGAAAAUGUCAAGUUUGUGCAGCAGGAGAACUUCUGGAUCGGGCCGGGUUCGGAAUACCUGAUCCACUUGGGGGCCAAAUAUUCUCCGUGCAUGCGGCAGGACAAACAGGUGCAUGAACUUAUCAGGGAAAAGAGAGCUAUUGAACGCAACUCUGCCUGCUGUGUGCGGAACGAUCGCUCUGGCUGUGUCCAGACCUCAGAGGAGGAAUGCUCGAGUACUCUGGCUGUGUGGGUGAAGUGGCCGAGACAUUCCAGCGCUCCCCAGUUAGAUGAUAAAAACAGACAGUAUGGCUCCGUUUGCCAUCAGGACCCAAGGAUAUGUCUAGAGCCUGCCUCGGUCUCCCCUCACGAUUGGCCGGAUGACAUCACCAAGUGGCCAAUUUGCACCAGGUACAACACAGGGAACCACACCAACCUGCCUCACAUAGACUGUACCAUCACAGGCCGACCCUGCUGCAUCGGAACCAAAGGGAGGUGUGAGAUCACAUCCCGGGAAUAUUGUACCUUCAUGAACGGCUACUUUCACGAGGAGGCUACUCUCUGCUCUCAAGUGCACUGCAUGGAUGAUGUCUGUGGCCUGUUGCCUUUCCUCAACCCCGAGAUCCCAGAUCAGUUUUACCGGCUCUGGCUCUCUCUUUUCCUGCACGCUGGGAUCCUUCACUGCCUGGUGUCGGUAGCGUUCCAGAUGACCAUCCUGAGGGACCUGGAGAAGCUGGCGGGCUGGCUGCGCAUCUCGAUCAUUUACAUCAUCAGUGGCAUCACCGGCAACUUGGCUUCGGCCAUCUUCCUGCCCUACAGAGCAGAGGUGGGUCCCGCUGGCUCUCAGUUCGGGAUCUUGGCCUGCCUGUUUGUGGAGUUGUUUCAGAGCUGGCAGAUCUUGGCCCAGCCCUGGAGGGCCUUCACCAAGCUGCUGUGCGUGGUGCUCUUCCUCUUUGCCUUCGGACUGCUGCCCUGGAUCGACAACUUUGCCCACAUCUGCGGCUUCAUCUCUGGCUUCUUCCUGUCCUUCGCCUUCCUGCCCUACAUCAGCUUCGGCCGCAUGGACCUGUACCGCAAGCGCUGCCAGAUCAUCGUCUUCCUGCUGGUGUUCGUCGGCCUCUUCUCCGGCCUCGUGGUGCUCUUCUACGUCUACCCGAUCAAGUGUGACUGGUGCGAGCUGCUCACCUGCAUCCCUUUCACGGACAAGUUCUGCGGGAAGUACGACCUCAACGCUCACCUCCACUGAAGUGCGGACAGCGUGAGCUCAACAGGAGGGCGACAGGUCAAAACGGAUGAUAAUCAGCUGUGGUGCGUCUCCACUCUGCUCCUGUGUGGCUGGAGACUGUCUCCCCCCCUUUCUGUGAACUAUGACAAUAUGCUUGUGUUGUUUGUUUUUUUACUCUUUGUCCUUAUGAAUACCUAUGCCACUUCUUUUAAUCACCUCCCAAUUGUCUGGCAGUCAUCGUCACCCCUUCACUGUCCAGUGAAACAAAGGUAUGGCACUUCUGAACCUCAACAAAGCUCCCAGCUGCCUCUUUACACGUCAGGCGGGAAUCAAAGAAACCAGCGCUGGUACAGAGAACAGAAAUAUUUGGUUUUUUUACACACACAAUCACACUCCGGACAUAGAUUUGUAUUAUUAUUCAGGCAACUUCAUACAGAAGCAGGGAAACUGAAAUAUUGAUACCUUUGGUGCCUUGUUGAUUAAUGUACCAACUACUGCCAUAUUUUUGUUACGUUAUGCUGAGCACUCGAAUGUUUUUCUUUGAUUUUGUGUAUUGCUUCUCGAGAAGUGAUGAUUGUUCUGAACACGGUAGUGUUUUAGCUACCUGCCUACUCACAUGUAACUGAAAACAACAGUAAAAAGAAAAUAAUAUCUACGGAUGAAA